UUUGUUGUUUUUCUCAAAACAAAAACAUGUCUUCUCAUCUGACAUCACUGAUCAUACCGAGAAAAACUGACUGAAGUCUCUCCAGUCAACCAAACGAAACAUUUCAAUGAAACUCGUGUACUGGAAUGGGAUAUUUUGCUCGUCUCGACAGUGACUGAAGCCGAGACGAGACGAAUUACUCGCUCGUUUUCUGGAAUAGGGCCCAUGAUAGUAAAUAAUUAGUAAAAAUAUUCUUCGUUUCAUUUUUCUGGAGCUCGAAAAAACGUCCGAAAUUCGUGUCUCUACACUAGAAUACCCCUUUCACACGUUAGGACCCGGAUUGUUCUUGUUGCGUUUUAAAUUGAGUCCGCGUCAAGAUUAUUUGCACAAUAUCAGUGUCGGUCCCCGCUCCCAAAGAUAUUUAUUGUAUAAAAGGAAAUUUGUCAAAAAUUCAUCUAUAAAGUAGUCGUAUAUCGUAAAGCAACCGAAAAUAAACCAUAUUUUUUUAUUUCCUUAUUUUGUAACUGUUAGUCCCAGCGAUUAACGUUUUCUAACGAAAAGCUCAACGUCAGUCCUUAGUGACCCACACGGCGCUCAACGUGUUAGGUAUUUUUUCCUUACGAAUAAACUCGAGUUAAAUAAAUGUUGAACAUUCCUCAAGAUUGGGAAAAGGUAUGGCAAAGUUCUUUAACAUUGUACUUCUUCUUGGUUGCUAUUUAAAUUUUGUGCGUUCAUACCACAUAACAUAAAUUCUACCCAAAUUCUUAUUUUCUCAGAAUUCAAUUUUUUUUGUAACCCUCAUUUGAAAAACGCCGCCCAUUAUUUUUCGCUGGGCCCGGCGAAGAAACGUCACACUGAACUCCGUUCUGUGAAGGGGAUUUGAAUUGAAUUCUUCAAUCAAAACAUCAAAACAUUUGUUCUUGUUGGGAAAUCCCGACCGAUUUCACCACUAAUGUCCUCGUUUGGACUCGAGGGCUGUUUCACCUGCCUCCGGCAGACGGAAAACUUCCAUCGCAUUACCGACCACGACGAUGUGAGCGGUGAAAACAUUGAAGCGAUCUUCGCGCAGCACUUUUGGUUUACCAAAGACGAUUAUAGGAAUCGGAUCGUUUGUACCAGCUGCUGGGAGAAAAUUGAUGAAUUCCACAAGUUCUAUUGUCAUGUGGAGAAAAUUCAUGGGACCUCACAAUUAGCCGAGAUUAAGUCGGAACCUUCCACGGAGGAGAUUAUUUUUGAGCUUGGAUUGACGGGGAAGGAUGUCCAUGAUGAUGAAUGUGAUAAAAAGAUUGAAAACCCGGAAGAAGAAAAGCAGUUAUCUAAAAGCCUUAUCUUCUGCGAGCCAAUUUGCGAACUAGCAACGGAACAAUCGUUGGUUGCAGGAAAUGAGAAUGAAUCGGAGAUUAAUGGUGACGGAGAUGGUACGGUAGGCAACGACUUUCAACUAACGGACUCUAGCGAUGAAUCCAGUUCUGUCAGUUCCUCCGCUUCGGAAGAUAUCCCAUUGGUGAGACGAUUAGCCACCCGGAAAAGAAAACGAACUGAAGAGACUAAGGGUCAACAUGUGUUCACUUGUCACAUUUGCAUCGAAAGUGGUGUGGAAGAUGGGGAAAAAUUCAGAACAUUCUAUCGAUUGAAUGCUCACUUCAAGAAAGAGCAUAACAUGAAUGGUUACAUAUUUUGCUGCAGUCGAAGGUGGUCCUCAAGAAAGGCUUUUGUUGAACACUUCGAUAAUCACGAAGCAACGAAAGUUGAUCAGAAACGAUGUUUAGAGUGCAACUGUUUGUUUAACAAUGAGAGCAGCUACGCUAAGCACAUGUAUUUGGUGCAUACGCCGGAGGACCAGAAGCAGUUCAGGUGCGAUCGAUGCUCAAAGGCUUUCGCUGCCGAAGAUCUUCUCAACAGUCACAUCAAUUGGCAUGAAGAGGUAGAGAAAAAGAAUCAUCACUGCCCGAUGUGCAAUAAAUAUUUUUUCAACGCUGGCUAUUUGAAGAAACACAAUUUGAGCCAUCAUAAGAUUAGCAAGCAUGCGGCGGUGACGACAACAUCGACAGUAGAAAAAGUGUUGGUCAGCAAGAAGGAGGAGAUCCCCAAAAAGCGAAAGAGAGGGACACCUGCGGACGUUGCCAAGCAGGAUGAACUUAUUCGUGGGUUUAUUACGUUGAGCUGCUCGAAAUGUGAUUUUAUAGGGCAAACAUUCAAAGAGCUCUCCGAACAUGCAUUAGUUGUUCAUCAAUUGACGACUCCUUCGGUGGUAUGUUGCGAUAGACGAUUCGGUAAGCGACUUCGGCUGUACGAGCAUUGCCUCCGACAUCUGAAUCCGGACCACUUCAAGUGUGAGCUGUGCGGAAAAGCCUUCACUGAUAGCUCCGGCUUGCAGCAUCACAAGUGGUGGAUACAUACACCUGUCUCGGAGCGGCCGUUCAAGUGUGACAUCUGUGGGGAUGCUUUUGUGAAGGAUUACCUCCUCAAGCAGCACAUGGACAGACAUAUGGACAAGGAACGCAAAACGCAUUCCUGCGAGCUGUGCAACAAAACCUACACAAAUUCGCUGCAGCUGAAGUCACACAUGCAGAAGCUGCACGGAGCGGUCAGUAAUUGGGUUUGUGAUGUUUGUGCCAAAGGUUUCACCCACCGGGCUCUACUGGAAGACCACCGAAAGACUCACACCGAGGAGGGUUUGGCGAGCUUGAAAAUGCAAUGCGAGAAAUGCAACAAAUGGCUAAUCAAUAAGAGAGGCUAUCUACGGCAUAAAAGACGCUGUUUCGACAAUGGACCAGCCACGUGCGAUGUUUGUGGUGUAGUGUCGGUAAAUGAGGCCUCACUGGCAGCGCACAAAAAGCUACAUCAUUCACACCGUCCGAAAUUCACCUGUACAUAUUGUGGGAAAGAGUUUAAAAAGCAGCUUCGAUUAAAGGAACACGAAGCAUCCCAUGCAGGAAUCGUUUUGUAUAAAUGUCCAUACUGUCCCCGAAUGUGCAAUUCCAGCUCCAACAUGUACACUCAUAAAAAGACGGCCCAUCCUGAGCAAUGGGCAGAAGCCAUGGCUGCUCGUGAUGGCCCAAGCUAGAGUGUUGAAUACUCUCUCAGAAAUAGAAAUAUAUAGAUAUAUUUUUAGUAAAUUGUAUAAAAUACGAUUUUUUAUAGGAGAAAACCUUCCUUCAUUUGUCUUGAACUAUUGUAUUGAUUAAAUAUACGAGCCAUUUAACUGCCAUCA